GAGAGGCAGGCUGGCUGGGACAUGAGGUUGGCAGCCCGUGGGCAGACUGGCCCUUAGCGGGGCUCACCCUGAGCUGUCACUGCGAGACCGCCCCACCGUGGGUAGCCCACCAUGCGGCUCUGGAUCCUGCAGGCGCUGCUGGCUUUGCUUCUGCCCGCUCUCCUGACACAGGGAGAAGCCAGGGCAAGGGAGACACUCCAGGCUGGCAAUGCCUCCAGGCCUGCUCUGCUGAGACUGUCUGAUCACCUCCUGUCCAACUACAAGAAGGGAGUGCGGCCCGUGCGCGACUGGAGGAAGCCGACCACUGUCUCCAUUGAUGUCAUUAUCUACGCCAUCCUCAGCGUGGAUGAGAAGAAUCAGGUCCUGACCACCUAUAUCUGGUACCGGCAGUUCUGGACUGACGAAUUUCUCCAGUGGAACCCUGAGGACUUCGACAAUAUCACCAAGUUGUCCCUCCCCACGAACAGCAUCUGGGUUCCAGACAUUCUCAUCAAUGAGUUUGUGGACGUGGGGAAGUCUCCUGAGAUUCCGUACGUGUACGUUCAGCAUCACGGUAAGGUCCAGAACUACAAGCCCCUCCAGGUGGUGACCGCCUGUAGCCUCGACAUUUACAACUUCCCCUUCGAUGUACAGAACUGCUCCCUGACCUUCACCAGCUGGCUGCACACCAUUCAGGACAUCAACAUCUCCCUGUGGCGUCUGCCAGAAAAAGUGAAGUCCGACAAGAGCAUCUUCAUGAACCAGGGCGAGUGGGAGCUUCUGGGGGUGCUGACCCAGUAUCGAGAGUUCAGUAUUGAAAGCAACGACUCUUAUGCUGAAAUGAAGUUCUAUGUGGUCAUCCGCCGGCGGCCCCUAUUCUAUACAGUCAGCCUGCUGCUGCCCAGCAUCUUUCUCAUGGUCAUGGACAUCGUGGGUUUCUACCUGCCACCGGACAGCGGUGAGAGGGUCUCCUUCAAGAUCACACUCCUCCUGGGCUACUCAGUGUUCCUGAUCAUUGUGUCCGACACGCUGCCAGCCACCGCCAUUGGCACCCCUCUCAUCGGUGUCUACUUUGUGGUGUGCAUGGCUCUGCUGGUGCUGAGCUUGGCCGAGACCAUCCUCAUUGUGCGGCUCGUGCACAAGCAAGACCUGCAGCAGCCGGUGCCUGCCUGGCUGCAGCACCUGGUCCUUGAGAGAAUUGCCCUGCUGCUGUGCCUGGGGGAGCAGUCCACUGCCCGUAGGUCCCCAGCCACCCCGCAAGCUGCCAAGACUGAUGACUGCUCAGGCAUGGGAAACCACUGCAGCCAUUUGGGAGGACCCCGGGACUUUGAGAAGACCCUGAGGGGGCGAGGCAGCCCUCCCCCUCCCCCUCGGGAGGCGUCCCUGGCGGUGAGGGGGCUGCUGCAGGAGCUUUCCUCCAUCCGGCACUUUCUGGAAAAGCGGGAGGAAAGCCGAGAAGUGGCCCGGGACUGGCUGCAGGUGGGCUCUGUGCUCGACAGGCUACUCUUCCGCGUCUACCUGCUGGCAGUGCUGGCCUACAGCGUCACCCUGGUCACGCUCUGGUCCAUCUGGCAGUAUUCCUGA